ACAUAUAUAUUUCACUCUUUAAUGAUGUUCUCUUUAAAACUAUUCGUUAUAAACAAAAUUAUGCAUCAGGCUUUGAUACAAAAAUAUGUAUCAGGCUUUGAUGUCAAUUUGUUGCCAUUGACAACGUAACGUUUCGUUACGGUUACAGAGUUUUAUGUUAAGGGUAAAUGAAAAUAGCACGUAUUAUCUUGAACUAGUGCAAUUUGAAAUCUCGUUCGUUGAUAUUUCUCUCUCUCUCUCUUCGAAAGAAAACCAAAAAAAAUUACGAUGAGUUCAAUUUUUGGUGGUGAGAGUGGUGACAAUAAUGUGAAUGUUAUCAUUUUCGAUGCAUCAAAGAAUGGCAGAAAAUUAAACGAGGAAUUCAAAGUACUACAAAGGAAAUUAAAACCAAAAUGGAAAUUGAUCGAAAACAACGAUACAAUCACCGAAGAAUCACUGGCGAGUGGCAAAGUAUUGGUACUUCCAGGGCCGAGAAAUAAAUUCACUGAAAUAGAAAUGAACACGAUUCGGAAUUUUGUCAACGCUGGCGGUAACGUUUUGGUGAUGCUAGGUGAAGGUGGCGAAAACAAAUCAAACACGAACAUUAAUUUUUUAAUAGAAGAAUUCGGAAUAAUGGUGAACAAUGACAGUGUGCUACGUAUGAGCUAUAAUCAAACGUUACAUCCGAAAGAGUGUCUCGUUUCUCAAGGCUUGUCGAACAAAUCGAUGUUUUUGAAGAACCACAAUGAAUAUUCAGAUAUCAAUUUCCUAUAUCCAUAUGGUGCAACAUUGAACGUGGUGCGACCAUCGAUGGUCGCUCUGUCAAGCGGCUCGAUUGCUAUUCCAAUGAAUAGACCUAUAUGUGCUUACUAUUCUGGUAAAAACGAAUCUGGUAAAUUGGUCGUUUUGGGCUCGGCUAGAAUGUUUACGGAUGCCUAUAUCGAGAAAGAGAAAAAUAGUGCCUUGCAAGAAAUGAUUUUUGAUUUCUUCGAUUCAAACGAUACAACUGAGAAGGAUUUUCAACCGGAUGAUGUCGAUUUUUGGGAAUACAAUUUUGUACCGGAUAUAACACAACAAGCAGAUAAUCCAAAAGUUUGUACGCAAGAUCUCGACAAUAUCGACAUUCCGCGAGAAUAUAUGAAAUUGUUUAAGCAUCACUUUUACUCGAUUAAUUUGAAUAUGGUACCGGCUGCUAUAAAGGCAUACGAAACUUUGGGAAUAAAACACAAACCAUUGAGCUUAAUACCACCUAAUUUUGAGGCACCUCUGCCAGCCACUCAAGCAUCGGUCUUUCCACCGAGCUUUCAAGAAUUACCACCACCAGCAUUAGAAUUAUUUGACUUGGAUGAAGCAUUUAGCUCUGACUUAUUAAAAUUAUCUCAAUUGACAAAUAAAUAUAUGUCGACGAAGGAUUUAUCAAAUGACGUUGAAUUAGAUCAUUAUAUUAGAGAAUUUGGAAGUAUAUUAAGGAUAAGUAAUUCCGAUACACAUACGGCCAAUGAAGUAUUGAAUCAUGUUUUUCAAAAAAUUUGUAGCUAUAAGACCAUGCAAGAUAGAAAUGAAUAUUCUUGAAAAAAAUACGAAUAAUAAAGCAAAAAUUUGU